AAGAGCAAAGUAAGACACCUCCCCCGAGCUGGACUUUGCCGUACUCCCACAUAGCCAAAAGCAAGUUUCAUUUCUCCCGAAAGGAUUAUAAGCCCAAAGGGGAAGACAAAAAGGUCAUCCACCCCUCUAAAGGCAUCAUUGUAGCAUGCUAGCGCUGCGUCGUAUGAGCUAUAUACGCAUAGGGGGAAGUCACAGGUUUGGGAGUUCAAGAAUGGAGAACUGCGGAGAAGGCCAUGAAUUCCAAGCCUACCAAGAAGAAGACCACAACACCGUCGCCGCCGCCGCCGCCACCGCCAACAACAAUAGCAUUAGCAACAUCCAAAGUGGUGGGGGGUCUGCAACGUUUAUGUUCCCGGCCCAGGUCGCCAUGGGUGAUGGCGCUGGCGAUGCUGCUGCUUCUGGUCUCCUGCCUUGGCCACUUCCCCUCCUGAACAAUUUACAUCCGACUCACUUCCCGAGCUCGGGGCAAAUUCGCGAUCAAGACCGCUUCUUCCCUUCUCUUCCACCUCUUCCUCCUCUGCCACCGCCGCCCCCGCCCGCCUUCUACCACGACCUGCAUGCCCGUCGGGCUUCAGCCGCACUGCAGCUCGCUUACGAUGGUAGCGGGCUCGGUUCGUCGUCGUCGGACCCCUUGGGACUGGCGGGGCUUUACUUGGGACCCGAAGCAUUAAUUCGCGGCCGAGGGAUGAUGUCGUCCUCCCCCUUCGGAGCUCUUCAUGCCGAGCUGUGCAAGAUGACACCGCAGGAAAUCAUGGACGCGAAGGCGCUAGCCGCGUCGAAAAGCCAUAGCGAAGCCGAGCGGCGACGCCGCGAACGCAUCAACGCCCAUCUCGCAAGGCUGCGCAGCUUGCUUCCGAGCACCACCAAAACGGACAAGGCGUCAUUGCUAGCAGAGGUGAUUCAACACGUCAAAGAACUGAAGCGCCAGACGCUGGAGAUCGCGGAAGAGAGCCCACUUCCCACGGAGACCGACGAGCUCACCGUCGAUGCCACCAACGAUGAGGACGGCAAGUUUUUGGUCUCGGCUACGCUGUGCUGUGAUGACCGACCGGACCUCCUUCCGGACCUCAUCAAAGCCCUCAAAGCCUUAAAACUACGAACACUCAAGGCCGAGAUCACCACCCUCGGCGGCCGCAUCAAGAGCAUGCUCCUCAUCACCGGAGAGGAUGGUUCUGACCACCUGCAACAGGAGCAGUCCAUCGCGUCCAUCCAAGAUGCGCUCAAGGCCGUCAUGGAUCGGACAUCGUCAGCCGAUGAGGCAUCCACCGCCGGUGGCAUCAAGCGGCAGCGCACCACCAACUUGUCUAGCAUACUCGAACACAGGUCCAUUUAACUCAAACCAUACCCUGCACAUGUAAUGAUAGCUAGCGUGAUCAAACUAUAUACCUACCUUACAGUCAUUCAUGUUUCUCGUUUUCUUGCAUGGGCAGUAUUCAUACUUCUUA